CUGCCUCCUGGACAAGGCUCUCCUGGGCAGGUUGCUGGUCCCAAGCCAAGGGGAGGGCCAUAGCGGGGACCGGGGCAGCCUUUGUCCCAGGAGCGGGCUCCACACUCCAAGUACACGGUGACACGGGAGGGCGGCGGAGCCGGGAGCAGCCAGGGUUGGAGGAGGAAUGGACCACAAAGCCAAGGUCCUUGCAGGUCUCCUGGCAGCCACUUGUGUCUUCAGCUUCAUUGCCCUGAUUCUGAGCAUCGUGAAUGUGAAGGAUGUGAUUCUGCCUCCCAGCACCAAGUACGGGCUGGUGUUUGACGCCGGCUCCACGCACACGGCUCUCUACAUCUACCGGUGGCCUGCGGACAAGGAGAACGGCACCGGCAUCGUGUCCCAGGUGGAGGCCUGCACUGCAGCCGGACCCGGCAUCUCCAGCUACGCAGACGACCCCGCCGGGGCCGGAGCCAGCCUGAAGCCCUGCCUGGACAAGGCCAUGGAGAUCAUCCCGGCAGAGCAGCAGCGGGAGACCCCCACCUACCUGGGGGCCACAGCGGGCAUGCGGCUGCUGAGGGAGCAGAACAGCACCAAGGCCCAGCAGGUCUUUGCCGAGGUGGCCAAGACCAUUGGCGAGUACCCGGUGGAGUUCCGCGGAGCUCAGGUCCUGACGGGGAACGAGGAGGGCUCCUUCGGCUGGAUCAGCGUCAACUUCCUGCUGGAGACGCUCGUCAAGUAUUCCUUUGCAGAGAAAUGGGAACAUCCGCAGGAUGCUGAGGUUCUCGGAGCUCUGGACCUUGGAGGUGCCUCAACACAAAUAACCUUCCAGCCUGGAGUCACCAUUGAGGACAAGAACACCUCUGUCUUCUUCAGGCUGUAUGGCACCAACUAUUCGCUCUACACCCACAGCUACCUCUGCUAUGGGCAGACACAGGCCUUGAAGAGGCUGCUGGCAGCUCUCCACCAGGCCAGCCCGUCCGCUGCUCAGAUCUCACACCCCUGCUACCCCAGGGGGUACCAGGAGAACAUCACCACGGCAGAGCUCUACGACAGCCCCUGUGUGCGUGCCCCGAGCAGCCCCAGCGCCGCGCAGCUCCUCAGGGUGAUGGGGACAGGGGAGCCAGCAGCGUGCAGCGCCGCCGUGCAGCAGCUCUUCAACCUCAGCUGUGGGGCCAACAGCACGUGUGGGUUCAACGGGGUCUAUCAGCCACCGGUGCGGGGACAGUUCUUCGCCUUUGCUGGAUUCUACUACACCUUCCACUUCCUGAACCUGACCAGCCAGCAGUCUCUAAGGGAUGUCAACUCCACAGUCCAGGCCUUCUGCAAGAAAGACUGGGCAGAGCUGGUGGAGACCUUCCCGCAGCAGAAGGGGUAUCUACACAAGUACUGCUCCACGGCCAUUUACAUCUUGACACUGCUGCUUGAUGGCUACAAGUUCAGUGAGCACACGUGGAGCAGCAUCCACUUCAGGCAGCAGAUGGAAAAUUAUUUGGAUCAUGUGUGGACAUGUCUGUGGUGGAGAUGAGAUGAAAACUUUCCUAAGUCAAAGGUGAAGGUUAGGGCUUAGUGCAUGGCCCUAAGGCAAAAAGCAGUAUCUCUAAGAUGUUACUGCUCCACUGAAAGAGAUUAACCUGCUCUCUGCUGCUGAACCAGAAUAUGUGAGCCCUCCUCACCUGCUUCUGUGCUACACUGACUGGCUGCACAGACCAUGGGAGCAGGCUGGAUAAACAGAAGCCUUAAGCCCUCAAACUCAGCCAGUGGCACAAGAAGUUACAGUGGUCAGGAGAGCCAUGGCAGCUGCUCAUCUUUGUGUGCCCCAUCAGCCCAUGGUGGAUAAGAGCUAACGACACCUAGAUCAGCUGGUGGUACAAGCCACUGUGGCUUUUAACUCUUCUGUUGUUCCUGUUCAAGAGCACUUGGUCUUCAGUCAAGGUGUCUCAGUACUUCAUACUCUGUGUCUCUUACACAGUUGUCCUGUCCUGUGAUAAUCUUACACAGAAGUGUCCCAGAUGUACCUCUUGGUCCCUCCCUCGCCCCUGCUUGCAAGGCUGUCAGCUCACCCAUUUAUCCAUCUUUGAGGCAGGCUCCAGGAGCGAGCUGGGAAUGCGCAGCUUCUGCAGGACACAAAGCAGAGCAGGGUGAGACAGGAGCUGCUGCUGUGGCAGGCUCAGCCCCAGCCCACCCAGCCCCACUUUCUGUAAGUCCCACUCUGCACUGCUUCUGCCCUUGCAAACCACCCCUGCCUGCAGCAACUCAAAUGCGCCCACGGGGGGGCAGGGUCUCAUACAGUAAUCCAUAGGGUUCGUGCUCUGAUAUUGCUGACAAAAUCCCAUGGUUCUUUUGCAUGUUUUUCUGCUGAAAGCAGUGCUGCUGCUGGAGUGGCUGGGAUGUAACAGCCCAAACACCCUGCCUCUGAAAUGGAUGCUUGGGCAGAGAGUAGCAAGGAUACUGAGGGAUACCAGUGCAGCAGCAUCUCUGUGUCUUCUGCCACUCACUGCUCCAGAGCUCCCAAUUUCAACUGAUCAUUGUAAUUAUGCUUUUUGUUUCCCCAGUGUCUAUUAUUUUACUUUUUUUUUACUUUGAAUUUCACUUGACACUUCACUGAGCUUCAACCAGCACAUUCAAACAGGUCUGUAACUGUUCACUGUCAGCUCCAGCUGCUUUAGGCUAUGCCAGUCAUUUGACUGUAGUGGAACAUGGUCACCUUAAGGAGCACUACAUCCCCAUCUCUAUUACUACAUCCCUUAGGGAUAUGCUAAAUGCUUAGGUCACAGGAGAUUCUCUGGGGGGACGUCCUUUCUCUAAAAAGAAAGAAAUAAAAUCCUGUUCAUUUAUG